UAUUGCACUUAGGAGUGAUACUUUGUUUUGGAUUUGAUGUCAAAAUUUAAUAGUAAACUAUCAGAAAUAUUCAAUAAAAGAAUUUUUAUUAUUAACCAGAAGUAUUACCAAAAUUGAUGCCAGAAUAUUGAAAGCAAUCACCAACGAAUAGGCGCUUCGGCACCAACGCAAACCGCUGCUCAACAGAGAUCAAAAAGGAAUUCGCGAUAGCCUUUAAUUUAAUUAGCGUCACUUGAUUCAUUUCUUUGUUUGUACAGCUAAGUACCAACGUCAACCCCAGAAACGUGUUUAACUGUCGGAUUUAAUCCGGACACACCUAGUACAAGAACCACCUGCAUUCCACACCUGCCCUUCUAGGAACUUACCUUUCGAGAUUCAGCUACAUUAUUUGCGGGACGGGCCUUUACUUGUGUUCAGGGACAGACCGCGUUAUGCGAAACUCUUAUACUGGACGGCCCCACACAAUUGAAGUACAGUAUGUCCCUGCUGGCCUUUAGCGGCGAGGACGGCAGCUCCAGCGACGCCGAACCUGAUGCACUCAUCGACUUUACGGCCAUGCUAAUGGAGCGCACCCACGAGUGCAAUGGCGGCUGGUUUAGUUGUGGUAGCAAGGUUCAUUCACAAUCUCAUGAUGAUCAGGGCUACUACCUAGGACAGUAUGUACUGGGAGUCCUAGACUUCAGCUCGCAAUAUGGUAUUGAUUAUAGCAUAUCUUAUACGGCGGCUAAUGUUAUUGGCAGGCCUACCAAAUUUCCUGCGUAUGGCGAUUUCCCAGAGACCUUUACAAUGCGUACCUACGGUGACUGGUGGCAGUUUGCACCAUCAGCCACGCAAGAGAUUCAGGCACAAAAUUUGCCUGAGCUGCCCACACAUGAUUUUAUUAUUGUAUAUUUCGAAAAAUAUGUGGUGCCAAUGGAGGUAGCUAUCUUUGAGACAUUUAAUCCGGGCGGUGUAGUGCGAAUUUGGGCUUACAGCAUUACCAAACGCUGGACCUGCUUAUGGGAUUCUAAUAGCUGUGAUAUAAAUCAGUUUCCACGUGAUUCGCGUCGUUUUGCACCGCCUCUUAAAAAGACCAACAUGAUAACCAAAACGUUGCGCAUCGACUUUAAUCAUAGUCGACUGAAUUAUUACACCGAGAUAGAUGCUAUUAUGCUUUGCGGAAGAACUGUGCCAAUGCGUUGCAUGCAUCAGCUGCUUGCGCCAAUAGAAAAGCGUAUUGGUAUCUCUGGAGAAGAUGACGGUAGUGGGCCCAUUACUUGCAAGCUGCGCACGUUAAACUUCCAACCCAUCUGCCGUGAAAAUUAUGUAGGGAAACUUCAUGAUUUUAUAAACAACGAUCUGUGCCAGUUUUUGAUGGAUAACCAUGUGGAAUCUGAGCAGCAUAUACAUAACAGUACCCAACAAAUCUGUCUCACGGAUCUGCCGUGUGAAAUCCUGUUGAAAAUACUCAGCUAUCUGGACCUUAAGUCGCUAUUUCGCAUGGGACAAGUGUCGCACCUGUUCUACGACAUUUCCACACAUCCCCUUCUCUAUUGCGACAUCAGCUUAAAGCCUUACUGGCAGUUGGCUAACUCGGAACUAUUAUGCACAUUAGCGCGACGAGCGACGAUGUUGCGCAAACUGGAUUUGUCCUGGUGUGGCGGGUUUGGAGAAAUUUCACCCACAGAGUUUAAAAAAUUUCUGACACAACGGGGAGACAAUAUUACCCAUUUGCGGCUUAAUUCUUGCAAAUUUCUCAAUGCCAGCUGCAUUGAGACAGUGGGUAUUGUUUGUGAUAAUCUAACAGAACUGAGUUUACGCAAUUGUGCUACGAAUCCGCCACUAUUCAAUUUUUCCUGCCUAGCAAACCUCAAGAAUCUAGAGCGGCUCGAUCUGUUUCAAACUGCUUUUGAGUCGGAACUACUACUGAGCAUGCUAGAAAGCAAUCGUAAACUUAAGCAUCUAAAUUUAGCCUUCUGUGGUGUUUCGGUGAACAUGGAUAAUGUCGCAACUCAUCUGGCCACUUACAACACCCAACUUAUUUCGCUGGACAUGUGGAAAGCACACUUUCUGUCCGCACGAGGCCUUCAAUCGCUGUCUCGUUGCCAGCAACUGGAAGAGUUGGAUCUAGGUUGGUGCAUGCGUGAAGCCACUCUGGGAGAUAGCCUAUACCAGCUGCUCUUCAACUGCCCCAAACUAAAAAAGCUCUUUCUAUCGGCAAUGCGUGGCAUCACUGAACGUGAUCUUAUUCAUAUUGCAACUCUGGGGAAAAAUCUCGAGCAGUUGGAUCUGAUGGGAAUUCUUAACAUAACCCACGAACGUGUUUAUGACAUUCUGGUGCAUUGUACAAAGCUGAAAUUGUUGGAUCUAUGCUUUUGCGACAACAUCAUGGACCGUGAUCUCGAUGUAAUUGCUGAUUGGUCGCGACUCUUUAAUGUGGAUAUCAAGAGAAGCCGCACCUACAACGACAGAUAGUCAUCUAAUAAUAUUACGUACACUAUGUAGCUACUAUUAUUAUCUAUGUGUGUUUAGAGUAGUUGAUUAAUAUUAUUAUUGUUUGGGCGUAUAUAUAAAUUGAAUAUAAAACCAUUUGAAUGUAUUCAUAAAAA